AACUGCUCGAACGACGGCAUGUGUGCGACAUCUCGGCGAUAGACUCAACAGCCCACACCAGUAUCGCGACGCCUGUGGCCGUUGCGACUAGACGACGACUCUUUUCACGAUUCACGUCGGCAGGCCUACAAGUGGGCGGCUUCAAUAGGUUGCGCACAAUGGCUGCACUGCGCGAGGCACCCCGGAUCGGUGGCCUUCUGGGCACUUUGUCCCGGGCUCCCAAUGCCGUGUGUGCCCGACGAUUCGCCUCUACCGAGUCUGUGGCCAAGAGCGCAAAGGCUGAGAUUUCCGACAUCGAGACGAGCUCGAGUCUGGAGGCUCCUGUGGUCGGCCCAAAGGAUGUGAAACUGCAGAACCCCAGGAGGAGAGCAAGCCGGAGAUCUCUCGAACUUCCGCAUGGAAGAUACCAGUUCCAUGCGCCCAAGUACUACCGCGGUCCUAUGCAUCCAGUGCAACCUCCGAAGUCUUCAGACCCGAUCGCCCGCGACUACUCGCCAGGCCCUUUCAACCUCCCACGACUACAGCAGACAUGGGACGCCUCGAUCGCAUCCGACAUCAUGACCAUGGCAUAUCAACAUGUGCCGCCAGGAACUCCUGCCAAGCCUGAACGAGUACGGUUGCGGAAAUGGGACGACUCGUCCCCAUACAUGGAGAACCGCCCACUGCGAGGACCCCGUGGUUCCGACGUGCUGUUCCCGCUCGAGAAAGACAUCACGUGGCGAAACAUCCCCAAGAUCAAGGCGGUCCAUCUCAGUGUCUUCCAAGCCCAGGCGAGGAAGAACUUUGACCACAUUAUCGUGGGUCGUUCGAUUCUCCAGACCAUCACUGGAGUCCGGCCAACAACAACCUUGACGAAGCAAAGUGUUGCACAGUGGAACCUGAUCAAGGGCGAGAAGGGCGGUCUCAAAGUGUCACUUUACGGCAACCAGGCGCUUGAGUUUGUUGACAAACUCAUUACCCUUGUCCUACCCAAGAUCAAAGAGUGGGAAGGUGUCCGGGCAACGUCCGGAGACAGCACCGGAAACAUCGGUCUUGGUCUGGAGCCGUCGCAGGUCAUGCACUUCCCAGAGGUUGAAGCUAACUAUGGCAUGUACCCCGCCAAAAUGAUUCCCGGUUUCCGCAUCAUCCUUGAGACAACCGCCACAUCCGACAGGCACGCCAGGCUGUUGUGUCAGGCGAUAGGCGUCCCAUUCUACGGCAAGGUCGUCGAUUGAGUGGGUUGUCGUGUUGUAUAGAGUUAGAACUUGGUCAAGCCCGCCGACUGUCAUGAUGCACGGUUGUCACAUAUGUGGCUGUUACGAAUACGUGUAAUAGAGCUGUACAAUAUAUCCGAGAGCCCGCGGCCCAUCCUUUUGAACGAGAGAAGUUUCGUACUUUGAGAAUGCUGCUUCAUCAGGAAAGUGCUCCGCAUAACGACAAGCAUAUAAAAGGGUGCCUGGAAUGAAAAUGA